AGCCUAGCGCUCUGCGCUGCGCGGGGAGCUGUCCGGGAGGAGGCUGUGGUGCCCGCGGCGGGCUGGCGGAGCGGGGACGGUCCCCGGCCCCAGAAAGGAGGCGGCGGCUGCAGGCUCUCUGGCCUGCCGGCGGGAGCCUCCAAAACACCGCGGCUGGUCUCGCAGAGCUGGCGUGGUGGGCCAGGAGGUGCCCGUGCGCGGAGUAGGGCCGGGCAUGACCGUGAUGCCAGUUUGGCCAAAGCUCCGCCGCCUCGGGGACGCGGCAGCAACUAGGUGAGGAACACGAGGCUCCUGGCUCGACAGCACUCGCGCCGGCCGCUCCCGCUUGAAGUCCGCCUUUCGGAGUCUUGGUGCCGGACUCAGAGGUGGAGUAAGUCUGAGGCCUGUGAAUGAACAGACAGAAGCUGGAAGAUCCCCCAAAAAGAUGUGUGAGAGGACCUCUCAGAACCGGAGCGCGGGCCACUGGCUGCUGGCACUUUCCCUGGCCUGGCUGUGGACCCUCCUCGCCUCACAGCCGCCAACUCCCACAGGUCUGGGGCAGGCGACACAGACUGGGGGAGGGUUUCCCUGGAGGCCUGGAGAGCCGGGCACUGCUCCUCCCCAUUCUAGAGCCCGCCGAUCGCCAAGGCCGGUCGUGGUGAAGCAGGGCGCCUGCGAAGUGAUUGCGGCUCAUCGCUGCUGCAACCGGAACCGCAUCGACGAGCGCUCCCAGACGGUCAAGUGCUCCUGCUUUUCCGGCCAGGUGGCCGGCACCACCCGCGCAAAGCCCUCCUGCGUGGACGCCUCCAUCGUCUUGCGGAAGUGGUGGUGUCAGAUGGAGCCCUGCCUGCCGGGGGAAGAGUGCAGAGUGCUCCCGGAUCUGUCAGGAUGGAGCUGCAGCGGCGGACACAAAGUCAAAACCACCAAGGUCACACGAUAGCUCUUGGGUCAUGUGUUGGACAGGACAGCUUGACUGAGCCAUGGACUGAAGAAUGGUAUUAUUAUCAGCCAGCAAAAGUGGAGAUUCACUUACCUGGACACAUGCCCUGUGCCAAGUGCAGAAUCACUCUUCUCAGGGGGCAUCUCAGUUGAGUUACUCAGCAGAUAAGGACAGAUCUCUGGCCACAUACCUGGUGUUGUGCUGGGUUCUCCUGGGGGACCCAGAAGAAGGUCAAGAUACAAUUCCUGCCCUUGAGGAAUGUCCAGUCAAGUUGGAGAGUUGUUGAAAGACAAUUCAGCUAAUUGAGGUUAAAGCACAUGGUAUGGGACUUUACCAUGCAGACCGUAUAUGGGUCAUGUGCUGUGGACAUGUUGGGGGUGUGAGGGUGAGACCCCCAUGACCCUUUGGCCAACCCCUCAGCUCAAGGCAAGAAGACAAGAAGUCACAUUCACCACCUGCCACAUCCCUCUCUCACGUCAGUCUGAACACCCAGCAAGCUGCCAACAUGCCCAAGGAAAACCUUUCCCCCAUGAGAGACCAACUGUACCUCAUUUGCAUGGGACUGGGUUGACUUGGGGAGUGAAAGCUGACAUGAAGCCAGACAACUUUCUAGCAAAGCUCUGCAGAGGUGUGGCCUGGUUUGGGCUAUUCAAUGGGAAUGAAACAUACAGGCCCUUAAAAUCACUCCCAUGCAAAGACCUCAAGUUUUUGUUUGUUUGCUUAUUUCAACAGAUGAGGAAGCUGAGUCCCAAAGAGGAAAGAGGACUUGCCCCAGAUCUCCCAGUUUGGGGUUCCAAAUCUCUAAGGCUUUUUGCUUAACCCAGAUACGGUAUUCCACUUGGGUCUUCCAUGUUGUUUGUAUCUCAAGAAGAGAAGCCUGCAGGGGACUGGCAGGAUAGCAGCAACAUUUUUCUUGGGAGACUCUAGAACAGGUCCCUGUUACCUGAAGUAAUCCAGAAUACUUACAUGCCAGCAUGUGGGACCAUUGGAUCUCCACUCGGCCCUCAGCCCCCAAAAUUACUACCAGGCCCCAUGGUAGCCAGAGAUCAUUCAGCCCAGUUACAUCCAGGCACUCUGAGCCGGCAGCCCCAUUGUGUCUAGUCUGGCACAUCUCUCCCAGAGGACUUAGGCUGAAUGGAAUUCUCAGAGGCUCUGGCUCUAGGAGAGGCUCUGGGUGGAGUCCAGGGCCGGUCACAGUCGUCUUCCUUCAAAGGCCCUACUAGGCCAUAGGGGAGCCCUUGCAGGGCUGGAUGGAGCCUCUGUCCAGGAUUGAGGGUUGGCAGAGUCAGACUGACAUAGGCUUUAGGGACUCAGAGACGGGGGCUAGUCGGGUAUCUCAUCAGUACAAGAAUUAUAGACUCAGUGACCGCUAGGAUCAGCUGGGAUCCACUGGGAUCAUCAGGAUCUCAGGGUGUGUGUCGGGGGCAUGGAGCUUGAAGGGAAGGGUGUCAGCAGAGACCAACCAGGACGAUGCUGACCUCUGACCCCCGGAUGAUAAGCUGAGGCUGAACCUCAGCCCAUCAUUGCUGCUUCCUCUUCUUCCCCAAGCAGUAGAACCAAGACCGUUCACUUCACUCGAGGGUGUUUUUCUUGUUUUUGUUUCGUUCUGGUUUGGGCAAUGGGGUGGAAAAUGAUGCCCCACAUGGUGGGGUCAGGGAGUGGUGUAGUCAAGGAGUAGGUCCGAGGUUGUCAGCUCUUCCUUUAAGACUGGGGAAUGGGCUAGGGGGUUAGCAAACUUUCUGGAAAGGGCCAGAUAGCAAUUAUUUUAAGCUUUACAAGCCAUAUACAGUCUCUGACAUGUUUUUCUUUGUUGUUGUGUGUUUUGUCUUUAAAAAAAGCCUUUUAAAAAAUGUAACAACCAUUCUUAGCUCAAGGGCUGUACAAAACCAGACCCCAGGCCGUUUUUGGAAGGUUGCCAGUCCUUGUGAACCUUUGAAGGCAGGCUUCUAUGCAGCUUGGGGCUGCCUCCCAGCCUCCUGGCCUGCCUUCGGUGAAGUGGAGGGGCUGGGUUGGGUUUUGUUUUCCUUCUAAUGCUCCUUGAGAGAUUGGUGACUGAAUUAUUUAGACUACAAAUGAGGCAGCUUUAGCAGAGUCACACAAUAAAGGCCUGCUCUUCUGAAAGCCAGGAUGUGGGCUUCUCUACUCCCUCCCCAUCCCUUGAGACUGUAUACAGGAAAAUUUGGGGGUGGGGGACAGCCCCUUGCCCAUUUGCUGCAUCCACAGGCUGCUGGGGUAGGAGCUGGGGGAGCCCGAGAGAGUGAGGAUGAUGCUGUAUAAAUUCCCCCCACCAGCUGCCCACCAGCACCAGCCCCUGCCUCAGCCAGAGUGCUGAUUCCCUGAUCCUCCCUGAGGUCCCUCCUCUGUGCUUGCAGAGAAAGCCUCUUUCCUCUGGCACUCGAAUUUGCCUCCAUUUCCUCAUGACCCACUCAUCCAUUUAUUUGGUGGGAUUUGAGGGCUGUCCUUUAUCUGGCUGGAAGAGCUUCACACAACACAGGAGGGACUAGUGGAGAAGAGAAAGCCUCCCACCUCCAACAGUAGCUCUCUAGAGUCCUGUUUCCAACUGAGUCAAUAUUUUUGGCCAUUUUGUAGCGACUUUAAUGGAAGUUUAGGAAUGCAAAUUAAUUUUCCUGGAGCAGAGGGGUCCUGGAGUCAUUUGUCUCUGGGCUGGGCUCUCAGAUUCUCUCAGGUUAGCUAGUAUGCCCCCGCCCUCAGCUGCACAAGCCUUAGGAAGGUUGUCAAGUACCAGAGAUCAUGUGGUUAAUUUCUGUGACCUCCAGUGGGUUUCAUUAAGUUCUAUGAGUGACAUUGUCACUAAUUGCCCCAGACAGUUGCCUCAGGUUGAGGCUGUAGCUAGAUCAGUUAGCCAACUUUCUCAUUUGACAGAUGAGGAAAGGGAGUCUCUGAGAGGUUAGGUGAUUGGCUCAAAGUCACAUAGCAAGGUGGUGGUACAUCCAACCCAGUGAUCCAGACAAGUGUUCUUGGCUGUACAUUGCCUCUGUACUUCCAUACAGAUGAGGAACCUGAAAAGAAGCCAAGGAUGGUUGGCAAGGAGUCUCAUUCUACAAUCUCCAAACCCUGUGCGUGCAAGAGGACAAAUGAAGAAUGGGAAGCAUUUAGAGAUAUUCACAGAAAG